AUGCCUGUCACCAGCAAUCUCACUGGCAUGGCUCUUCCAGCUCUUUAUUCUAAGCUCUCACAGAGUUCAAAAUCUUGGCUCUCAAGAUCACCCUCAAUGAAUUUGAUCCUCCCUCCUCAAUGUGUACAACUCGAGAAAAUCUCCUGUUCCUUGUAUAAUCAUGUUCCAACGGAAACAGAACUUCAAGACAAGCAAAUCCUUGAAGACCUCAAGACAGCAAUAAAGACAACACUCGGGGUUCAAUUUACAGACUUGGAUAAUCCCAAUUCUUUAAGCUUAGACCAUUGCGCCAUUGUCCUUGAAGCACUCCAACAUCCUCAACCUCAUACAAUUGUCAUCGCCGAUAUCACGCCUGCAGAGUACGCGGUGGUGGUAGCAUUUACAUCGGAAGAGCGAGAUUUUGAAAUUCGUCUACUUCGCGGAUACUCAAGAUAUAUACAUCAUGCCCCCCUUCCCGUCCAUGAACAACCAGCUGCGCACCUUGCGAAGGCCGUGAACAAGUUCAUGGAAGCCAUCCCUUACGACAAGCUCCUGAUCGACACCACUGUACACCUCAAUCACCGCAUCCAAAACAAGGAUUCGACGAAUAUACCAGAUCUACACCUUACCGUCACAGCACAACCCCCGGAGGAUAUAGAGUCAGAUGAGAUGGUGGUAGCGAAGCCGGUGUCCAAAUGGGUUGGAGAAUGCGGGCUUUCCUCAGAUACCAACUGCAUGAGCGAAUUAAUGGCAACAACCGAACGAAGGGGAUACCACUAUUCAACAACUUCGCUCAGCUCCCGCGCUAGAUUACGAAGACUUCAUCCCAUCCCGCAUCAAGAAGAGCUUGAGGUCCGCUAUAGCAUAUACAAACGUGGCACGGACGGUCACUUUGAUUUCAACAACAAGGAUGCUUCUACCUUCGCAGAGGGGACCCUUUACCCCGUGUUGCAGAUGGGUGAUGUUGAACGCAUGUUGGAUAACGCCGCAGAUAGCUUGAAGGAUUACAUUGUAUCGUUGAUGGAGGGUAUGGGUCUUGAGGAGAGUGCAGUUCAGAGUGCGCGUGAUUCCCAUCCCGUAUUCGAGCCCGUUUGGGGGGCAGCCCUCAACUCUAUCUCCUCCGCGAUCUACCUUACAGCAUAUUGCCGCUACUUGACUGGCGCCACCACAAAUACGACAAACGCAAGACAAUGCACGUUGUCGUUCAACAACCCACAAGCUCCGAGUCUACCAUCCGCCACGACGCCGGCCUCUUCAUCUACUGGGUUAUUGCUCGACGUGCAGCCUGAGCGCUCAGCAAAGAAGUUGAAGGUUCAGCCGGAAGGUGAAGGGUCUACUAGGGGGAAACAGCAGAAGGAGGCAAAGGCGCAGGUGAAUGGGAGUGGGAGUGGAGGGGAGUGGCAAGGGGAAGGGGAAGGGGAAGGGUCGUCAGUAGUGGGCUCUUGCCGUGCUGAUCGUCAAUGCUCAAGCACAGAAGGACCAGUCGUAAACAACACAUCCAUCAUCCAUCAUCGCACUCCAUCCAAGUCGUCCAUCUCUGAGGCCCAACAUAUGUCUACUACUGUAGUACCUACUGCUAUGCAAGGUGUUUUGCAUUCUAACUUGAAGCACAUUGGAACGCCUAGGGCCAUUGGCGCUCUACGAAACCGAUCCCCUGCAUUAUUGCGCCACUUGACCACGCCGAAUGUUGCGCGUUCUACUCUCGGGUUGAACGCGAACAAAGUUCCAUCACCUGUAUUCUCGGUAAAAACAGAGUCAGACUCAAACUGCGAAGACAGCGACAAUGAAUCUACUCACACCAUCGACACCCAGGCCCGGUCUAGCGAGGAACACAAGGCCCAGCUCGUUUUGAACGCGACCCGUGCACAGCAGAUAGCACUUGGGCUCCUCUACCAGUUCGAGGCUACAGAAGCUGGGAGGAAGUUGGAGGACGCUCAUAUCGACAUCGGUUAUGUACGUCAUUCGGUCCGCAAAAUCGGCAUCACAUUGCUCGAAGACUCUACUAGUAGUAAGCCUAGAAAACGUCGUCGCAAAUCUACUAGUCAGGUUGAUGGUGAUACGCAGCCCGGAAGUAGACUUGGCUCUGCCACUGCCCGGGCCACUGGCAGGAUCUGCGAGCGCGACCCAGAGCUGAGUCAAACACUCGAGAUUCUUCUGAGGUAG